CGAGAGCGUGUCAGUCAGGUGUUACAGUGUGAAGGUGUAACGUCUCUUACCUACACCUGCAUCAUCUUCACUACAAAGAUUUAUUCAUCAUUGGCGACAAAGGAAAUAUGAAGGUCAUCCCCCUCCUGCUGGUGUUGGUGACGGUGACGGGGACGGCCUGGGGACAGAACUUCAUGUCGGAGGCCAGGGAAGACAUGUUCUCCGCCACUAGCAAGCUUGAAGAUCUCCUGAGCCUUGAGGCGGAGAUCGUGAGGAUGGUCGAGCGCUACUUGGAGAACACACAAGAGAGAAUAUCCACCAUUAAACAGUAUGUAUCUGAAUAUCGUCGUCUUAAUCCUGGAGGAAGCGAAGCAGGGGGGUCAGAGAUGGCAGCCAGUGCAUCAGCCACCUCCCAGUCCAAGGUGAUCGUGGCUCACCCAGUCGACGCCUUCCUCCUACUAAAGCGCCUCACCGUGGAGUGGGGGAGUGUGGAAGAUGCCAUGAACCGCCACGCUAACGCUACACAGGAGCUGGUGGGACGCGUGGUGGUGUUCCGGGAGAGGUCGACUUUCCCGGUGAUGGAGGACUUACACGGGGCGGCAGUGGCGUUGGUGAGACUCCAGGACACCUAUAACCUCAACAUGACCUCCCUCCCCUCCGGCACCUUCACUGGGGUUGGCCUCACACACGACGAGUUCCACAGCAGUAAGCCCCUGAGCGCCCGUGACUGCUUGUUCCUGGGCAAACACGCCUUCAACAAGGGCUACUACGACAAGGCCAUUGAGUGGUUUGAGGCAGCACUGGACAAGGCUGGCCACGAGGAAGAUUCGACCGUGCUCAAGCAAGAAAUUGAACCUUUCUUGAAGGCAACUAUGGUAGUGCAUGACGACGUGCUGGAGAAGCGAGGUCCUCGAGGCACAGACUGGCAGACAAAGGCGGUGCCGGUAGACCAAAGUUUGGCCAGCAAGCACAAGUACCGGGGGGCCUCCACACACAAGUUCUUGCCCAAGUUGUACCAGCAGCAGAGUGAGGAGGAGGAGCACGACCACUACACCAGACUGUGUCGGGGCGAGAGUCUCAGGCCGGCGGAAAUAGAGUCUUCACUAGUCUGUCGAAUUGUAACAAGCCCCCCUGCCCACAUUCCCGCCCACACCCACGCCCACGGGUACUUCAAGCUAAUGCCUCUGCUGCUGGAGGAGAUGUCACUGGACCCAUACAUCGUGGUCUUCCAUGACUUCCUUACCCAGCGCCAGACCGACGCCAUCAUCGACCAAGCCAAACCCAAGCUGGCUACGUCGCGGCAUCGAGGUCCUGACGGAGGGUUCAUCUCCAGCAUGGUCAGGACCAGCAAGAAUGCUUGGUUGAGAGAGAACCAGGAGAGGGCCGAUCUGCUGGCAAACCUGACCAAGAAGGUGGAGGUGGCUACAGGGCUCCACGCAACACAACCUUCAUCAGGCGAGGACUACCAGGUGGCCAACUACGGCAUCGGUGGGCUGUAUGUGACUCACACUGACUACCUCAUGAUCCACCCGGACCCCGCCACCUAUUCCCCCUGGGAACACUUCAUAGGUGACCGCUUCGCUACCUUCAUGGUCUAUUUGUCUGAUGUGGAGGCGGGAGGAGCUACGGUAUUCCCUCGGGCUGGAGUCACUAUCUGGCCUAAGCGAGGUUCUGCAGCCUUCUGGUGGAACCUCUACCGCUCAGGUGUUGGCGACGAGAACACCAGACACGGCGGCUGUCCUGUCCUCCAUGGCUCUAAGUGGAUUUGUAAUAAAUGGGUUCACUACAACGAUCAGUUCCGGCAACACACAUGUGGUCUUAAUACCUGGGAUAAACUGGUGUGUCCCUAGUAAUAACCAUCGACCUCCUACUACUGUAUACCUACCCGACGAAUACCGUCCUCUACCCUGGCAUAUCCAACCAACUUCACACACUUCACCACCGCCAGCCAGUCUGCCACCCACAAGAUCAGCCUCAUCCAUACUUCCACUCCAACUACCGUCAACCACUGCCUCCCUCGUCAACCAACCAACCGAGGAGGUCUGGAGGUGGUGCUAGCAACAAGGUGGUAUACAGUACAUUUGAAAAACAAAAGGGGCUUGUGUCCUGAAAAGCCUUAGAAGUUAAAGAUGAAAGAUGUUGACGACGACGCCGAGGGGCGUCGAGAGGUUCUGAAUUCAAGGAUGAAUUAUGUUAUCAGAAAGAGCUUACGCGCCAUUGUGUGCCUGUUCUACGAUUUGUGCAUGAGAGUGAAGUCAGAAUUAAUAGAAAGUAAGAAAUGAGGAAAUUUAAGAUUUUUUGUACAUAUGGUGAAAUUUACAACUAAACAUAAUGCACUAAAUAGAAGAAAAAACGUUAUGGUGGACUGAAAAUAAACACAGCAGCCAAGGAGAGGUGUGAUCGUCAGCUGAUGCUGAAACUGACAAAACAUAGCCAAGAGUCGAUGUAAUAUAGGACGCUAGGCUAGGCUGUCCCAUUCCAGUGUUAUUAUAAAGCUUUCCUGGGUUAGGUUUCUGUCUUGUCGUUAACUCACACAGGUUUUCCUUUACCUUGCUAGAUUUAUCUUUUGAAAGGUUAUUAUUUUUUACUAAAGGGUGGUUCUUCUAGGUGGGUUGUCCCAAUUGGUUUCAGGGGAAAGGAAUUCGCUAAAGGGUAUUGAUUUUGCUGGGUGACUUGCCUAGGUAGGAUGCUAUUAUAGUAUUGCAUUGUGCUGGGUCUACAGGGUAAAUUUUUCUUUAUUGUUGUCAUUAAUAUAAUUAUAUUUAUUUUCAUUCUCAGCGAUAGUAAUAGUAGUAUUAGUAGUAGUAGAUGUUGUAGUCGUAGUAGUAAUUUUUUUUACCAUUAGUAUUAUUUGUAAUGCUUAUUUUUUGUCGUUAUUUAAAUAUUAUUCUAGCAUUAGCAUCCACAACUUAUAAUUAUUAAUAUUAUUGUUAUUAUGCUUUUAAUUUGUUAUGUCUGAAAUAGCUUUUCACUGCCUAGGUAAGUCAUCGCCCCAUUCGCACUGUCCUCCACACUUAAGUCUCACAUAACAUCAAAGGUCUCUAGGUGGGGUUGCCAUUACGCAAAUAGGUCAAAGAUUAAAACAGGACAUGUACGAUUAUAAUUCUCUCCGUGAUCUGGAUAUCGGUGAACCAGUUGGGUGGUUUUACGAGAAGCUGCAAGGUCAGGAUUAAGGUUAUAACACUGGGUAUCAACUACGCAUUGUCUCCUCUGUACGGAUUACAACCCGGGGAUAAUGUACUUCCACCCCAGUGUGAUAACAUGGUCGCCGUACCCUGGUCACAAGCUGGGUGAGGUAGGCUGGGUAUAUCUAGAGGGGAUUUUGUCCAAAUACUAGAUGUAGCAUUUGAUCCAUGAUAAGUAAACAGAAGCAUCAGUCCAACAUUUACUCAUUACAACUAAGUAAAUAUGCAAAUGAAUGAAUGCUAUCGUAUAUUGGAAGUGCUGUGGGUGUGUGGAAACAGCUCACUUUCUGUCCUAAGGGCAGUUGGUUCAUGCCCAGGUUACCUCCAUUCCACCCAGCUGUAAAUUGCCUCGCUGCCAUCUUAUGCACGAAGGGGUUAAUAUCCAAUUUGUUGAAACCCAUUUUCAGGUGUAUAAUGCUGGUAAUAACGUGUGAGUACUGUACAACCUCGUCAAAUGUUUCUUAUAGCAGAUCACAUCAAGUGGUGCACGAUUAGUUUAUUUCAAAUACCAUAUAAACUUUGCUCUGGUUAGUGUGAGUCUAUGAUAAUCCUAAUAAUAUACCUUGAUAAUAGUAAGCUGCAUAAUAUUACAUAAUUAUAAUAGUUGGUAUAGUAGUAAGUAUUCCCAUUAUGGUACUAUUCACAGUAUAAUACUAUGGUAACCCUAAUAUUUAGGAAUUGUUAUAAGUAUAUUUAUCUGUCUAUCUGUAAAUAACCUCUCAUUUUAUCUUAGCUAAAUGUAAAUACUUUGCAGCUUAAGUUCCUAAAAUGGUUGCUUCAGCUGCACAUAUAGGCCACACACUCGUGCUCUGUGAUAUUAAUGACAUGUUUAAAUAUAUUCUGGUUUUGGGAAGAUCCAUGGUCAUUGUAACAUUAAUUUGGAGAGGCAGAUGGUCUUGAAGUAUAUGUAUGUAUCUUAAACAUUUGUUCAGCAUGUAUAUGUAUCUUACAAAAUUUGUCCAAGACACAUGUGCAUUAACUUCGAUUAACAGUAUUAAUUUCUGGUAUACUUUUUCGCUAAACAUUAGUAUUACGAUACACAUAUUUAAUAAACAUUGUGGUGUAUAUUGUUAAAAAAUAUAUUAGUGUUGCAAUACACCUACUCAAUUUACAUUAGUAGACAAACACAAGUACAGUACAUACAAUAGUAAAUAUUUAUGUAAGACGUAAUACAGUAAGUCUAUCGUGAAACACCUGGUCAACACAAUCAGGUAACUACACACACACACCUUCACCUAGGAUCACCACCACAACAAACACCCACUGUAAAUAUUUUAGGUCAGUAUUCAUCUAACUCCCUUCGUGCACACUUGCGCGUAUUUAAGUGAUAUUAAUUCAUAAGAUCGGCUAGCCUAUUAGGCAUCUGUCAAAUGAUUGUAUAUACUCUCUAGAUGAAUAAAGUGAACAAAUUAUCGAA